AAUAUACAUUCCUUCUUCCUCUUUCUUUCUCACAAUUCACCAACUUCUUCUUUCUCCCCCAAUUUUCAAAUCUAACCCUAACCUCAUGUCCAUGUACCAGCGCAACGAGGAACAGACAACAGAAGGCGGAGAAGAAUCAAACAAGGUACCGACAAAAAGAGGUGCGAAGUCAUCGGAGACGAAACCAAAAGAGGUGGGUCCAUUUGCCGGUGGACUAUGUGGAAAUAUAAGCUCCGGCUUAACUUAGCUUCUCCAGCAAAAGAUUUUAAAUUCAAACUUCAGAAUGGCAGUGUUGAUUGUUUUCUUUAAAGAAAUUUCACAUGUUAUCAGAGCCGUCUAUUGAAGGUCUCUGCAUGCCCGGAAUUGAUAUUGAUUUCUCACGACCUUUGGAAACAAUGGCAGAGUCAUCUGUAGUAGGGGUAGGAAGGCAAGAAACUGAGAGGCAGACAGUUCCUGAGGCACUCCAGCUGAAUGGAUUAGAUCAUCCAGGGAUUAUCUUGGUACUCUCUUAACCAGUUCUAACUAUCUGACAUGGAGUUUUUCAAUCAAGCAUGUUUUGAGAGCAAAGACAAAGUUAGGAUUUAUUGACGCCAGUUGUGUGAAACCAAGUGUGAAUGAUGCGAAAUAUGAGCAAUGGAUGAAGGUUAACAGUAUGGUUACUACUUGGAUUCUCAAUUCAAUCUCAAAGAAUAUCGUGCAAGCAUAUACAUACGCCAAGACUUCAAGGAGUUUAUGGUUGGAUUUGAAUCAGAGAUAUGGUAGCUGUAAUGGUUUAUAUCAGAUACAGAGAUCGAUUAUUUCACUAUCCCAAGGAACAUGAGUUUGGCAGAUUACUUUAUAAAAACUAAAAAUGUUGUGGGAUGAAUUGGUAGAACUGAAACCUACACCUAAAUGUACUUGUGGUGCUUCGCAGGCUAUGGCCGAUUCCAUUGUAUCACUCAAUUACUUCAGUUUUUGAUGGGACUGGGAGAAGAAUUUGACAAUGUGCGACAACAAAUUCUUGUUAUGGAUCCUGCACCUUCUAUAAAUAAAGGUUAUUCCAUGAUUGCUAGUGUUGAAAAACAAAGACAGGCGCACAUGAUGGGGACUGAGAACGUAGCCAUGCACACAAGAAUUGAUUACAAGAAGGAUUUUAGAGUAGUGACAAGGAAGAAAUCAAAUGAACAUAAGAGAAGUCAGUACUGUAGCCAUUGUGAAAGAACAUGUCACACAAAAGAGACCUGUUUCAAGCUUCAUAGGACCCCAGAAUGGUACAAAGAAAUGGCUGAACAGAGAAGAAAACAAGUUUCUAGAGUGAAAGCGCUGGUUGCAGAUAAUGUUGAGAGAAGAAUAGAUAGAGGUAAACUAGAAAGCAAGGACGACAUCUUGCUUAACAAGCUGAUGAAGCUCAUCAAAAGCAGCAUACAACUGAAGGACCAAGUUCACUUUGCACAAACGGAUGAUUUUGCAAGUGAUAAUUAUGCCUUUGUUAGUCAUGAGAAAACUGUCUUUGAUUUAUGGAUUGUGUACACAGGAGCAACUAAUCACAUGUGUGCCAAUUCCCAACUUCUCCAUUAUAUUACUCCUUCGUCUCACCCAAUUUUUGUUCACCUCCUCUAAUGGAACCAAACAACAAAUCACACACAGGAAGCCUUUCUUUACAUGAAGAUCUUACUCUCACAAAUGUAUUGCUUGUGCCCAAGUUCAAAUACAAUUUACUUUCAGUCCAAAGCUAUGUACCUCAUCUUCCAUUGACUAUAUUUUUCACUCAUUGCCUGCUGCAGGUCCAGGAGAGUAGGAAUAUUCUUGAAGUAGGAAAGUUGGUGGAGAGCUUAUACAUUCUAGACAAGACCUCUUUUUUCCUGAAUUGAUUCACUUGUACAUGAAACCAUCUUGUUUCCAUAGCCUUACUUCUGAUACAGAUAUGUGGCAUAACAGGCUAGGACACCCAUCUUUGAAUGUACUACAUCAUAUUACUGAAAUAAAAAGUUCUACUUCAGCAACAAAAUUGGAAUGUGUUGUCUGCCCUCUUGCUAAACAACACAGACUCCCAUUCUUUCCCAGAAAUACACAUACUUCUCAUAUCUUUGAAUUAAUUCAUCUUGAUCUUUGGGGACCUUACAAAUUACCAUCUUUUACAGGG